UAGCCAUUAGGAGAUGUCUUUGUAGGAGUCACAAGCUCGAGUCAGUGUCUCUUCCAUUUCCGUACGCAGCCGGCGUGGUGAAAGCCGAGGACUUCAGCCUUCCAGGGUACUAUGAUCGCCGGGACAUCCCCCUGCCUGAAGUGGCCUUUGUGAGGGACCUGUCUGCUCAGCAGAAGGCUCUGAAAGAAAAGGAAAAGGCGUCGUGGACUGCUCUGUCUGUCGACGAGAAAGUUGAACGUAAGUAGUGGGGGCUUCAAAUAAA